AAGAGAGAAAGAUUUGCUUUUGGCUAGAAUCGUAGAAUUAGAACAAUUCGCAAAAGAAAAUGCAGAGAAUAUAAAGUUAAGAGAUGCUAAUCUCGAUGAUGGGAAUGCUAAACGAGAUGCUGAAAUUAUAGAGCUUAGAAUACAUUAUUGA